AUUUGAGUGCCAGAGCACAUAAUUUUCCCAGCGACAGAGGGAGGGAGUGAUCUCUCUUUUUCUUUCGUUUUUUUGGGUAAACUGAGGAAGUGAUCUCUUCUGUGCCCUUCUUCUCCUCCCACCGAUUCACCAGGGAGCGUGCACGCAGAGAGAGAGAGAGAGAGAUGGCGAGGAGACCGGACGAGGAGUACGAUUACCUGUUCAAGGUGGUGUUAAUCGGCGACUCAGGCGUGGGCAAAUCCAACCUCCUCUCCCGAUUCACCCGCAACGAGUUCUGCCUCGAGUCCAAAUCCACCAUCGGCGUCGAAUUCGCCACCCGCACCCUCCAAGUUGAGGGUAGAACUGUGAAGGCUCAGAUAUGGGACACAGCAGGACAAGAGCGAUACAGAGCAAUCACUAGUGCCUACUAUAGGGGUGCAUUGGGAGCUCUCUUGGUUUACGAUGUGACGAAACCAACAACCUUUGAAAAUGUCAGCCGGUGGUUGAAGGAGCUGAGGGACCACGCGGACGCCAACAUUGUCAUCAUGCUUAUAGGGAACAAGACCGAUUUGAAGCAUCUCAGAGCAGUUGCCACAGAGGAUGCCCAAGGCUAUGCUGAGAAAGAAGGGCUCUCGUUCAUUGAAACAUCAGCUCUGGAAGCAACAAAUGUGGAGAAGUCUUUCCAAAUGAUUCUCUCAGAGAUAUACCGGAUAAUUAGCAAGAAGUCGCUUGCUUCAGAGGAUUCGGUGCCUGCUAGCAUAAAAGAGGGGAAAACUCUUGUUGUUGGAGGUUCUGAAGCUAAUACAAAGAAGGCUUGCUGCUCUUCGUCUUAAAGGUUGCUAUUUUUUAGUUGAAAUUUCAUUCCCAUUAAUAUUCCCUUAUCCCCAUUUUGGUUUCUUUUUGAUGGAACUAUGUUUAUGAAUCUCAUUUUUCUUUAAAUUUCGUAUUUGUACUUAUAUUUGGGCUAACGUUGUCAGAACGGUCAAGGGUUCUUUUGUGAAUGCAUUUGCAUGAGAUACGUUUGCACUUU